GCGUGGACGGUCAUGCUGCUCGGCCGUGGUGUUCUCACGAUGUUUGUGCGUGCCUGGCACGACUGCCGUCCCACUGUCGCGUUCGCCAUCCCCGUCAUCGCGUGAGAGGAUCCCGCGGACACCACGGUGCGAUAGCGUCCGCGACACACCAUCGAGCGUACCGUCCGACGUCAGCCGCGAUAUGUCAAGUCAAAUAUGUCUAAAGUGGAACAGUUUCCUCAGCAAUAUCGCGACCAGCUUCGAGAGCCUGUGGGAGGAAGAGGGCCUGGUGGACGUGACCCUCGCCAGUGACGGACAGUGUCUCACGGCGCACAAGGUGAUACUCUCGGCCAGCAGUCCCUUCUUCAAGAAGGUCUUCCAGACAAACCCAUGUCAACAUCCUGUUAUAAUUCUUCAGGAUGUACAUUUUAGUGAAUUGGAGGCACUACUUAUAUUUAUAUAUAAAGGAGAGGUAAAUAUUGAACAGAAGAAUUUGCCAGCACUUUUAAAAGCGGCAGAAACAUUGCAAAUUCGGGGUUUGUCUGGUGGAGAUAUCUUUGCAAAGGAAUCUUACAAACGAUUAGCUGAAUUAGAGCAGGCUGUAGCUGAAGAUGUACCAUUGAUUAAAGAAGAGACACCUAAAAAGAAGCAAAAAGUUAGCAAACAACAAAAUAAUUCUAUAUUGGAGAAAGCACUAACACCCAGAAUACCGCAAUCAGAGAAUACAAAUGAAUCCGCAGCCAGUGAUCAAAGUGGGAAGGAUGGAGAGUACAUGUUGCCUGAAACAUUACCAAAUCCAGUAUAUCAUCGUCUGGAAAUGAAAAUAGAACCAUUGGAAAUGGCAGUAGAUGAUCUCCAAAAACGAUCUCCAUUAGAUAAAGAUCCAACAGAAAGGCUAGAUACAGGACAAGCAGAUGGGAAUCAAGGGUCUGGGAACAGUCCUGCUGAAGACAUUUCCGGUUUAUCUGGCUUGUCCGGACUAAGUGGAUUCUCGGACGUCAAACCGCUGCUUUACUCGUAUCAGCAUCUACCUUACGCCGAUCUGCUGCCGAGCCCGGACAUAAUCUCGACCUGGGCGUCGUCUCGACCGAUGGAUCAUCUGGCUUGCGAUCUCAUGAAAAUCCUUUUCACGCCGGAAGAAAGGAUUCUCUGUAACGUCAACGGCAAAAUGGGAAAGCAGCAGUUCGACAGCAACAAGAUACACUUAAUCCGGGAGGUUCUGCUGCACUUCAGCGGUAUAGCGCCUAACAGCAUCGAAUGGGAGGAGGCGUGGAAGAAUUGCGUAACCAAAAUUGACACUAGCAAUAGGGGCCUGAAAAGGUAUUUGUUUCAGAGGCGCUCGGUCUACACCCAAUGACUAGGGCGUUUCAGGUCAGGGGUCAAACGGAAACGUUUCCACUGGCUGGAAUAGGAUCGUUCUUGUAAGCCCGUCGCCCCGUUCGUCGUUCUUACGCGAAUGUCGCGGGGUUCGUCCCUCGCUUGUUCCUCUUCGGUGUGAAGCUUUCGCGCAGCUUUACAUUUAGGACGUUGUAAAAAAUUGAUGUAAGUAGACAUUAAGGUUCGUGUAGCCGUUAUGGGGGAAGAAGAGACGGACGGGUCAGUCAUCCUGAGUAAAAAUCGUGGGGUUAGCACGUGCAAUAGGAUCGAACUGCAAACGGUCUUCGAUCCGUGAUUGAUGAUUUUAGACUGUAGAUUUUGGGGUGACAGGGUGAUUAGGCAAGAGCAUUGUAGACGCGAUCGAGUUAUUUAUAUACGCUUCAGAUUCGCCGCUCGACGUGACGAAUGAUCGAAUAAUUCUAAGCCUUCCUCUUUCGUAUUUUUAUUCUAAUUUUCACCUUAUCAAAAAGUAUCCCUCGAGAUACUUUGUUCGAUCUCUGUCCUUUUUCUCUCUUGCUCUCGCACACCGCGUAUUUAAAGGAAAAUCUUGACGCUUCUCACGACGCGCUCACGAGAGAGGUCAAUCAUCCAGCUGUCUGUGUACCUCUUUGUGUUUUUCCUGUAGUACCUUGAAUAAUGUAACAUUCCGUCAUUUAUUUGCGGUAUAUUCAUGCGAGAAUUCACUUUAACAGUAAAACGUUACGAUAUUAAAAAAUUAGCGUAUGCCAGGGAGACACGCGAGUCUCCCUUUCUCUCUUUCUUGCACUCGAAUAUGUACACAUAUAUACAUACACACACAUCACGCACUCGCUCAUACACAUUAUCGAUACACGAACAGGAUGUGCGUGUAUAUAAGCAUUCGUUACGCAUCCAUGUAUACGAUAUAUACAUGGAUGUGCAUACGAUUCAUUUAGAAGUAUAUGUAUGAAAUAUGUAUGUAUAUAUAUACGAGGAUACACGUAUUGGUCAUGUGAUUACGCGCGUGCGUAACGUAACGCUGCACGACCGCGGCUGCUCUAUGUACACUUAAAAUUAAAGGAAGAGAAACCGUAGUUAUGACAGGAAUAGUGAUUUAAGACAUGCUUGUAGAGUAUUUAAAUCGCAGUAGAGGGUCACACUCAUACACACAUACAAAAUGUGCGUUACGAACUGUUAGGAUAUACGUUGCGAAUCAAUGUGCGAUUUCUCAUCGCGUGCGUCCUUUCCUCAAGAUUCGCGCGAAAGUGUUCUUUGAUCUCCGUUUACUUGUAAAAUCGAGUCGUUUUUAUUGGUUGCACGUGCGAUACAGCGUUGAUCAGUGGAAUAUAUUUCGAUAGCUUCGAGCCGGUUAUUAUUUAAAUCGAUAUUAUUGUAGACGAAACAAACGACUGGUCGCAAAUAAACCUAUUUUACAUUUUUAAUUGUCCCUUUAUUUCCGCAGUACCUAUCAUACUGCUUUAUGGCGUAUCCAUACAAAAA